UUUUUAUGUCAAAUGGGUAUGUGCCUUGAGUUUUGUAAUUCAUGAUUUCUUCAUUCAUUUUUGGAUCCAUUGUUGGAAUGUGGCAGCAAGAAUUAAAAUUCAGAAGACACUAAUGUUGUGUGGUCAUCUCCCCAAUUUAUAACACCAUUUAUCAACAUGGUUAAUUUAUUCAUUUAAUUAGUGCCCUCUGAAAUUGAAUUAAUUAUGUUUAGAGUGUUAUGUUGCAUAGUCUAUGUCUUCCAUGUGACAAAUAAUAAUUAAGAUAGUAACAGCAAUAUAUGUUUUUAUACCAUGGGAUCCCUUUAAAUUCUUAAAUUAGAUCAAUAUACAGUAUAAAUGGUUCAGUGAAUCUUUGACUCAAAAUAAUUUGUUCAAAACACUGAAUCGUUCAGAUGAAGUCACGAUUAUGUGUUUGUCAGAUAUGCGUUACGGUUCUUCUAAAAUCUUUGUUUGGAACUAUUUUGGAGCUGCUGAAAUGGAACAAAAACAGUCAGUGUCUAAAAUAUCAGCUCCUCCCAUACUGGAAGACAUCAGUGAAGCUCCUCCCAUUGCAUCCAUAUCAUCAGGGAAGCUCCUCCCACUGCAAUCACAUCAUCAGUGAAGCUCCUCCCACUGCAAUUCUCCAAUAAAUGCUGUAAAUUCCCAUCAGCUUCAAGUGAAGACGAGCAUCAGGAAGAGCUGAAAUCUUCCAAGACUGAGUUUAUUAAAGAGGACCGUGAGAACAUGAGUGAUCCAGAACCCUGCAGAAUGAAACACACUGAAGAUCCUGAAGAACAAAGAGACCUGAUGGAGGAGAGUGAAGAACUGAGUGAAGUGGAGGAGGAACAUCAUGUCCAACCUGGAGAGAAACCCUUAAGUCGCUCAAAGACUAAACAAACAUUUUUAAAGAAAAGACGAGCCAAGAAAUCUUUCACCUGCACUCAGUGUAGGAAGAGUCUCACAACCAAACAAAGUCUUGAGAUUCACAUGAGGAUCCACACCGGAGAGAAGCCGUUCUCAUGUGAUCAAUGCGGGAAGAGUUUCAGUCAAUUAGCAAACCUUAAUCUUCACAUGAGGAUCCACACCGGAGAGAAGCCGUUCUCAUGUGAUCAAUGUGGGAAGAGUUUCAGUCAAUCGUCACACCUUAAUGUUCACAUGAAGAUCCACACUGGAGUGAAGUCGUUCUCAUGUGAUCAAUGCGGAAAAACAUUUCUUAGGUCAUCAGACCUGAAGACACACCUGAUGGUUCAUACGAAGGAGAAGCCGCAUUCAUGUUCUGUGUGUGGAAAGAGUUUUUCACUACUGCAACAUUUACAUAGACAUAAGAAAACUCACACUGGUGUGAGAGACUACAUGUGCUUUAAGUGUGAGAAGACUUUUACUACAGCGGGCAAUUUAAAACUGCACCAGAGGAUCCACACUGGAGAAAAACCUUACAAGUGUUCACACUGUGAUGAGAGAUUCAGUCACUCAUCAUCUGUGAAAACACAUGAGAGGAUCCACAAUGGAGAAAAACCUUACAUGUGUUUACACUGCGACAAGAGAUUCAGUCAAUCAUCAAAUCUGAAAACACAUGAGAGGAUCCACACUGGAGAGAAGCCGCACACUUGUGAUCAGUGCGGGAAGAGAUUCAUUGACUCAUCAUCCCUUAAAAAUCACAUGAUAAUGCACACCGGAGAGAAGACGUUCUCAUGUGAUCAAUGUGGCAAAACAUUUCUUAGGGCAUCAAACCUGAAGGUACACCUGACAGUUCAUACGAAGGAGAAGCCGUAUUCAUGUUCUGUGUGUGGAAAGAGUUUUUCACUGCUGCAAACUUUACACGGACAUCAGAAAAUUCACACUGGUGUGAGAGAGUACAUGUGCUUUGAGUGUGAGAAGACUUUUACUAGAGCGGACAGUUUAAAACACCACGAGAGAAUUCACACUGGAGAAAAACCUUACAAGUGUUCACACUGCGACAAGAGAUUCAAUCAAUCAUCAUCUCUGAAAACACAUGAGAGGAUCCACACUAAAGAGAAACCUUACAUGUGUUUCCACUGCGACAAGAGAUUCAGUAGUUCUUCAUCUCUGAAAAAACAUGAGAUGAUCCACACUGGGGAAAAACCUUUCAAGUGUUCACACUGCGACAAGAGAUUCAGUCACUCAUCAUAUCUGAAAAUACAUGAGAGGAUCCACACUGGAGAAAAACCUUACAAGUGUUCACACUGUAAAAAGAGAUUCAGUCAAUUAACACAUCUAAAAACACAUGAGAGGAUCCACACUGGAAAAAAACCUUACAAGUGUUCACACUGCGACAAGAGAUUCAGUCACUCAUCACAUCUGAAAACACAUGAGAUGAUCCACACUGGAGAAAAACCUUACAAGUGUUCACACUGUAAAAAGAGAUUCAGUCAAUUAGCAAAUCUGAAAAGACAUGAGAGGAUUCACACUGGAGAGAAGCCGCACACGUGUGAUCAGUGCGGUUCGAGUUUCUCUAUUAAAAGUCACCUAAAGCUACACAUGAAGAUCCAUACAGUGGAGAAACCACUUAAACACAGUCUGAGAUCACGAUUAUAAGGAACAGACCACCACAGACUCUAGAGAUCUUGUUCCUGUGGGACAUGAACAGCAGAGAGUUGAAGAUGCCAUGAGGAGAAACAGACCACAACAGACUCUAGAUCUUGUUCGCCUUGCCAAAUAUAUAAUAACUAUAUAAUAUAAUAACUAGUGCUGUCAAACGAUUAAAAUAUUUAAUCGCAUUAAUGUAGUUAAAGC